AAGAUGCCUGCUUUCAACAGAUUGUUUCCCCUGGCUUCUGUGGUGCUCAUCUACGGGGUCCAUGUCUGCUUCCCUGUGUGUGUGGAAGUGCCCUCAGAGACGGAGGCUGUUCAGGGAAACCCCAUGAAGCUCCGCUGCAUCUCCUGCAUGAAGAGGGAGGAGGUGGAGGCCACCACGGUGGUGGAAUGGUUCUACAGGCCCGAGGGCGGUAAAGAUUUCCUUAUCUACGAGUAUCGAAAUGGCCACCAGGAGGUGGAGAGCCCCUUCCAGGGACGCCUGCAGUGGAAUGGGAGCAAGGACCUGCAGGACGUGUCCAUCACUGUGCUCAACGUCACCCUAAAUGACUCCGGUCUCUACACCUGCAAUGUGUCUCGGGAGUUUGAGUUUGAGGCGCAUCGCCCCUUUGUGAAGACUACAAGGCUUAUCCCCCUCCGUGUCACCGAGGAGGCUGGAGAGGACUUCACCUCUGUGGUCUCAGAAAUUAUGAUGUACAUCCUCCUGGUCUUCCUCACCCUGUGGCUGCUCAUCGAAAUGGUUUAUUGCUACAGGAAGGUCUCCAAGGCUGAAGAAGUGGCCCAAGAAAACGCGUCUGACUACCUUGCCAUCCCAUCAGAGAACAAAGAGAACUCUGCAGUACCUGUGGAGGAAUAGAAGAGGCUGUGGCUUGAGGUG